AUGGAGUACGCCCAAUACCCACAGCAGCCACAGAACGCGCAUCAGCAGGGACACGUUCAGCCGGGGUACCCUAAUCCGGCAGCCGGCAACAACAUUACCUCGCCGACAAACCACAACAUCCACCCUCAUGGUGUUCAGACCUCCCCCAUACUCUCCACGCAGCAGCAGCAGUCCGCCCAGGGCCAGAACCCCGCCAUGUUCCAGACACAAUACAACGUUCCGCACUAUGCGAUGCCUGGCAUCCAGGCCGCAGCUAUGGCUGCGACAGCCGCCGCAUCGGGACAGUCUAAUUAUCCCUACAUGUCCUCCGACCCAAACAUGCCCCAAACCUCGCCGAGGAUGGGUGGCCAAAAGAAGGAUCUUCGCGGGCCUAGGUCACCCCAGAUGAACAACCUCGCCGGCCAACGGCGUCUCAGCCAAGUCACAAGUCCCGGCAUGCCUAACCAGGCGCAAAACAUGAUGGGACACGUCGGACGCCCUGGAGUCGCCGCUCCGCAAUUGCCUCCAGCGUCCGCCAUGGCGCAUCCUCAGUCCCCCGAGCUCGCCGCUGGUGGUGUUGAGGAGUCACCGCUCUACGUCAACGCAAAGCAGUUCCACCGCAUCCUCAAGAGACGCGUUGCGCGACAGAAGCUCGAAGAGCAGCUCAGGCUGACGUCGAAAGGACGCAAGCCGUACCUCCACGAGUCGAGACACAACCAUGCCAUGCGCAGGCCUCGCGGUCCCGGUGGUCGUUUCUUGACCGCCGAUGAAGUCGCCGAGAUCGAACGCAACAAGGCUGGCGGUGGUGGUGCCCCCACUGGCGAUGCACCGGUCAAGGAAGAGCCUGCCAAAGCUGGUACGAAGCGCAAGUCAGAGGCCGCCGAUGCCGGCGCCAACAAAAAAGUCAAGGCACAGGCUGACAGUCCGGAAGAAGAGGAAGAGGAGGACGACGAGAGCUGA